AGGAGACAGCUGCUUGUUUGUUGCAGUCCAGUCAGAAAGAACACUGAAACUGAAGAGUUCCUUCCCAAGAAAGAAGUAGCCAUGGGGUGGCUUGGAGGUGGCCUGCCGGUCGUCGCCAUGCUGGCUCUCAACGUCGUGGCGGCGGUGCUCGUUUCGCUCGUCAAGGUGGCCAUGGACGGCGGCCUCAACCCUCUCGUCCUCGUCACCCUGCAGCAGCUCACUGCCGCCUUGUUCCUCGGCCCGAUUGCCUACUUCAAAGAGAGGAAGUCCAGGCCAAAGCUCACACUGGAGAUCUUUGCUUAUCUCUUCGUCAGUGCUGCACUCGGGGCAGCUCUGAGGCAGUACAUGAUCUUCGUUGCUUUGAGAUACACCACGGCGACCUUCGUCACCGCCUUCUCAAAUAUCGCACCUGUUCUGACAUUCCUGCUUGCCAUCUUAACAAGGUCAGAAUCACUGAACCUGAGGACCAAGGCAGGCAUUGCGAAGCUUGUGGGAACACUGAUAUCUCUCGCGGGAGCCAUGGUGCUCACAUUCUACAAGGGCGUGCCUGUGACCCACGCCUCCGAAAUCCACUCGUCGCAGCUGCACCAUGGCGCCGGAGCAGCGACCAGCAGCAGGAACUGGACGCUGGGCACCGUCGCCAUCCUCGGCAACUGCAUCUGCCUCUCCUGCUGGUUCCUGCUCCACAGCAGGCUCGCCAAGAAGUACCCCUAUGUCUACUCCUGCAAUGCCUUCAUGUGCAUGUUCAGCUUCCUCCAGGUCGCUGUGGUCGGCCUCUGCACCCAGAGGAACGUCGCCGUCUGGACCGUCACGAGCAAAUUCCAGAUACUCACUGUCCUCUAUGCUGGUGUGGUGGGGUGUGGCUUAUCGUUCGUGUUGCUGACAUGGUGCAUCGAGAAGCGUGGUCCAGUGUUCGUCGCGGCCUUCAUUCCAGUGGUGCAGAUCAUUGUUUCAGUCAUUGACUUCACUGUCCUCCAUGAACAAUUCUUCCUUGGAAGCGUGCUGGGAUCUGUACUUGUGAUAGGUGGGCUUUAUCUUCUGCUGUGGGGCAAGAGGCAGGAGACCUUGCACCUCCCUCCAAAAGUUGCUGAACAUGAUAAAGAGCAGCAGCAGCAACAACAAGUGCAGCUCUGAAGAGUGGUGACAGACUCCCCCUUGGGAUUUUAACAAAUAAGUUCUCCACCAACUUUUUUGUCUAUUAGAGCAGCCAUGCUGUUGUACAAUUAAUCAGAGCACUAUCAUGAAGCUGUUUAGGUUUAAAUUAAUCCAAAAGAACACUAGAAUGAUCUAAACCAACACUGAGUUAAUUAGCUACAUCAGGAAUAGAUCCUAUAUGCAAUAUUUUAACUGCAGUCAUAUAAGAACUAUGUGUGUGAUUCAUGGAGAAACCGUGUAAUUCCAUG